AAACACCGAACCACUGUCAUUCGUCUAUGAUCGUCAUCACUGGAUCCUAAACCAAGUCCAGCCCAGGGUAACGUGCCACCUCAGCCACCGAGUACGGGUACAGUUUCUUUUUUUUCCUGCUUUGCACAUCUUUUUUUCCUCUUGCUGUCAAGAUACCCUUCUUUUUCCUGGACCUGAACCCUCCAUAUCCUAUCGAUUCGGCAGAAGAGUCGAAAAGAACCGACACUUGCCAGUCAGAAGCAUCAUUACUCGUCUUGAUGCCACCACGGGUUUCCCUAAUUUGCUGAGAUACUGUCUGUCUUACUUGACUAAGGAACCCGGUCCAUCUUGGUUACAGGUCACCUAUCCCCGGCCCCCCGGUCACCCGUCCCGCCUCAGCUCAGCUCGGAGGUUGGAGCCCUCUCAUUCUUCCACUUGUCAUCUUUCAAAAAUCCCGCCAACUUUUUUUGAACCCUUUCCCCCCGGCAAGCCAUGCGGUGGAGUCAUCACACUCCGCCGCAUCGUCUACAACAACUUUCACGCUGGAUUCCUUCGCCCAACACGUAGCGUCCUUGUUUUCCCGAAACCAACAAAUACACCACCAACACCAACACAACGCUACCUCUCCUUGUACUGGUUGGUCUUCGGCAUACGACUGCUUGACCGGCGCGCGCGAGACUAGAAAAGAUAGCCACAUCCACUCUUCCUUCUGGCCUCUGCGCUUCUACGACCUGCAACGCAUCCUCUCGGGCGCCAUCUCGCUGCCCGCCCUGCCUCCCUUCCCCUACGACAAUAUGCCUACGCGUAGCAGUAUUCCGGCGACGCCUCGGAUCAUCUCGCCCAGCCCGACACCCUCGGAACGCGAUGCGCUAGACUCAUACACGGGGCCCAUGACCAGGGCUGCGAGGAGACGGCUGGCCACACCGUUACCUGUUAGUGAAGAGGGCAACGAGGAGGAUGGCGUGCCCGCUCUACGGAAAGCGCGCACAAGAAGCAGAAGCCCGGUAGAGACGCGCCCAACGGCCGGCCGGCGGACAUCCAAAAAGCGGACCACCAAGACCGCCGAUGCGAAAACGACCUCCACAGACUCGACAGCAGCCGCGCCCAAGGGAGACAUGGCCGUGUCCGAAAAGCAGGAGAAGGAGGUAUCGAACGGCCACCUGCUGCCACCACAACCGGCAGGCUAUACAGGCUGGGGCUGGAAAGACAUUAGUCGCAGUCCGAGCCCGCUUGGCCUGAUCCCAAUCCACAGGCACUGGAAGGCCUUUAUACACAAGCACGAGGUACCGAGGAAAGCGCUCCACGUGUCCAUCGGCUUCUUUGUCGUAUGGCUCUACCUGUCGGGAACGCAGACACUGUCGGUGUGCCCUUACCUCAUGGCUGCCCUAAUACCCAUCGCGGCCGUGGACGUUCUCCGGCACCACAACGCGGCCUUUAACCGGCUCUACGUCAAGGUGCUGGGGGCGCUGAUGCGUGAGAGCGAGUUUACGGGUUACAAUGGCGUCAUUUUCUACCUGCUCGGAGCCUGGAUCGUCCUGGGCUUCUUCCCCAAGGAUGUCGGUGUCGUGGGUACUCUGCUGCUUAGCUGGUGUGACACUGCGGCAAGUACGUUUGGACGGCUGUACGGCCGUUACACACCCCGUAUUCGAAGCGGCAAGUCGCUUGCCGGGUCCUUGGCUGCAUUUCUGGUCGGUGUGGGCACCUCUGCCUUUUUCUGGGGCUGGCUGGUGCCUACCAAGGGCCCCAUGCCCGGCGACGAGCUCUUCAUGUUCACGGGCACCCUUCGCCUGCCCCAGCUCCUGUCGGAAGCGGUCGGGCUUACCCCGGCUCAGGCGACAAUCUCGGGUGGUCUUGCUCUGGGCAUCAUGAGCCUCUGGUCUGGCUUUGUCGCUGCGGCGAGCGAGGUGGCUAACGUCUGCGGACUGGAUGACAACCUCACGAUCCCCGUCCUGAGCGGUCUCGGCAUCUGGGGGUUCCUGAAGAUUUUUGGCUAAACGAGGGAGGAUUUGGCACAAGCUUGAUUGACAAUACCUGAUACAUCUACUUUGGCUUGACUGUGGUCAACGAUGCAUAUCACCGGCGUUCUGGGGCGGCAAGGGGUUAAAAGGAGUCCGAUUGUUCAACGUUUGAAUGGGCGGCUGAUGUCGGUGCUAUGACACUUUUGUAAUGGAUGGAUUCUGCGGCAAGACCGGGCAAAGGCCUAUAGUCAGGUCUAGAGAUACACACUCAUACCCAGCUGCACCUGUAUAUCUCACCACUUUUUGUAUAUAUCCUAUCACCUACGGCUGCAGCUAUCCUACAUCGUCUCGUGUCGGGAGCAUCUAGCCAUCAACUUUGAAAAGCCAUCAAGGGCAUAUCCCCGUUCGUUCUGCAUCUUUAAACAGAACUCGGAGAACAAGGUGCUGAUCCGAUAAUGAACCAUGCCGUCUCCUUCAG